GGGGGGGAGCGGCGUGGAGGGGGCGUUCAUCUGCUCAGUAGCUCGUGUGGCUCGGGAGCUGGCAGCGGCACAAGGCUGCUGUAGCUCUCUGCGCGCGGACCGUUCUCACGCGCACGUUACCCCCGGUUGGACUAACGUUUUUAGUUUUUGGGGAGCAGGACUCCGGGUCCCGGUCCCGAUUCUUAUCCACCGUAUCUGCCGCAGAGGAGUCCGAUCGGAGCGGAGGACCCCCCCAACCGGCACAGACCCGCAGCAUCACAGUUGAAGGAUGGUGUGACCAGUCACCGGCGCUCACCACUCAGAGGCGGACCAUGGCUCGCAUGUCUCUCCUUUUCCUGGGCUUCCUCCUCUCCGUCCUCCAUCCCACAGACGCCCAGACCAUCAUUGGCUCCUCCUCCUCGUUCUCCCUUCUGGACCUGCCCAUCAAUUCAUCACCUCUACCUACGAAGCAGACCGCUAGAUUCUGGCCUUCUCUGCCUCCCAGAGGGCGCAGCGACGUGCCCAUCAGAGCAACAGCCGGAGAUAGGCAGGCAACCACGAACGCAGCGCAACCGGGGAGCAGGACGCCUCGUCCCACCGCGCGGUCCACUCCUCCUUUCAUAUCCGCACUUUCGACGCAGAACCUCAGCAGCGGGACGAUUUUAUCUCGACCCACUGCCUCCAGGCCCAGGACCGAUACGGCCAGUUUAGCCUUCGGCAGGGCUUUUCUAAAAGGGGACGCCACAACGAAAGGCUCAACUCCUCCUCCGCCCACUCUGACCUCCGAGUCCGCGGGCGAUAAGCCGGCGGCGGCAGGAAAUCCAGGGGAGGGGUCACCCAAAGAGACGGAGGACGCCGAUCUGCGAGAGUUUGGAUCGGGUAGCAUUCCAUCGGCGAUGCCCGCGAGCGAGGAAUCGCCCGUUCCGUCUUUGGAUGAACUGGCUCAGCGUCGUCCACAGGCGCAGACGGCGAUAUCCAACGUCUGGGAUGUAAGAACGCCGCCGCAGCCGGACAGUCGGACCACGGAGACGCACCCGUUCGCCCUCACGGCGGCCGGUAAAACCUCCACGACGCCACGGACUGAGACCGGGGCCCCGCCGGCCGCCGUGGCAACGACGCAGGCGCCGCCUCGGACCGCCGCGUCGUCAGGCAAACUGGUGGAGAACACUCCUUCCACCGUCAGGGAGACGUCUACGUCCACCGCGUCCUCCAAACCCACGAUGAGCUAUGAACAGUCGCCGACGGCGGACCGGCCGCCAGACGCCACGACGACCGCCUCUACGACCGGCGCGCUGCUUCCCACCACGCGGGAGGCCGCGAGAACAUCCUCCCAAACGACCCGUCGGCCAAUCAAAACGGUUCAAAUGGGAAGAAGCGCAGCCGCCACGACGACUGCCCAGGGGACCUCUUCCGUCCUCGCCACCGCUGUCAUACCCGUCGCCCGAACGAGGCUGAGCCCCACACAUCAGGCCGGGAUUGCUCAGAGGAACCGCUCCGUCCUCCUGGGGCACCCCCACCUAGCCCCCUACUCUACGUCUAACCCCGCCCCCUCUCCAAGCGACCCCGCCUCCCCUAACGGCACGCUCCUCUACUGGGGCGACCUGAGCCGGACGCUGGCUUUCGCCUGGGAGCUGCACGUCUACGGCUCGGCGAGUCUCUUCCUCCUCCUGUUUGCCGGGGCGGCCCUCGGCCUCACCCUGUCCCCCGGGGCGAGCUGCCCUCACCGGGGGGCUCUUGCGCUCGCCAACGCUCUGCUGUUCCUGGCCGGCGGCCUCAGGGCCGCGCUCUUUCUGAUCGACCCCUACGGCACCCGGAAGCUCCUCCCUCGCCCCGCGGUCACGGCCCUCUACAACUUGCCUCUGCACCUCCUGGUGUGGACGCAGGCGGCCCUGGCUCUGCUGGCUCUGAGGGUGGCAGGAGUCAGCGUGUUACCUUCCCCCCUGGAGCGCCCUCCUCUGGUGGCCGUGUUGGCCGUGUUGCAGUGCACGCUGCUGCUGGCGGCCGAUCUGCUUUCCCCGGCGCUGUCCCCCGUGGUGCCCGUCACCUUACAGGUCCUGUCCCUGUGCUGGGGCCUGGCUCUCUGUCUCGGCUUCCUCUGCUAUGUGUUUCCACGCAUACGCUGCCCUUCCGUUCCCCACCAGGGAGUCCCCGAGGAGUCCAGGAGGAAGGCUUGGACGGGGAGCAGGAGGGCGGGGGUGAUUCUGGGGAGAGUGCUGGCAGUGUGUGCGGUCCUGGGGUCGCUGUGCUGUGGGCUGCAUGUGCAUGCCACCUUAUGGCUCUACGGACUGCUGGGAAACUGGACGCGCUUCAAUUGGGGCUGGUGGCUGGUGCACUUCUGGGCCCGGCUCCUGGAGCUGGCCUGGGGGUUCUCCCUUUUACUCCUGGCUUCCUGGGUGUUCUGGAGGCCUCAAGGUUGCCAUGGAAGGGAGGAAGGCGGACCAGAUGGCAGAGCAGCGGGGGACCUGCCUUCCCCUGGACAAUCUACAGGCUCCCCUCAAAGACACACCUGCUGGUCCAAGAUAGUCCAGAGCCUGACGGAGAAGCCCUGUCGAAAGUCUGACAGUAAUGGGGUGGGAGGAGGAGGAGGAGGAGGAGGAGGAGGAAUAGGAGGAGGAGGAGGAGCAGGACCUGGUGAGGUGCCCAACAACUGGGCUGGUCAGGAUCGCCCUGGAGCGGACAUCAGCAAGAGUCUGAUCAGAAACCAGAACCACGAGCUGGCCGGCGCCCAGCCGCGCAUCGUCAAAGACAGCAACCAGGGCCGAAACCACCGGGGCCACUCUGCAGAACGAGGCCCGUCCGACGGCUCCACCGGCUCCCUGCUGAGACUGCAUGCUCUGGGUCGGCCCCCGCAGCGCUCGGCGAGCGGCAGUCUGGAUCCGGAUCGGGACGCUUCCCUGUCGCUUUACGAGUUUGACUUGCGGCCCCCGUCUCCCAUCGACCUGACCCGCAGCAUCGACGAGGCCCUGAACAGGGAGCACCUGUUUGGAGGAGGGAGCCUGUUUCGUCCUCUGAACCUGACCUCGCAGUCGCCCUCCCCGGGGUCAGGGGUCAGCCCGGGGCCUUGGCUCCGCAGGAACAGUGAUCCCCAGCUGCUCUCCGAGAGCAGCGACGCCCCGACAGAGUCCUCCAUGCCGCUGGGGGGCAGCAUUCUCAGCAGUGUGCCCAGCAGGCAGGUGACCGCUCCCCCUACGCCCUCCCACCAGGGUCACCGGUGGGCUGGGAACGAGGCGGGGAGCGUCCCCUCUUCGGUGUCCUGCCCCGUGUCGCUGCGUCCCUCCAGGACGUCGACGGGGAACCUCGGGGAGGACGGCGUGGACGACACGCGGCCGUUCAUCACCCCGGACUCGGAGAGGGUGCGGGGGAGGGCCAGGAGGCCGGCGGGGUCGCGGAGCUACCUGGAGGUCAGCCGGCAUGACGACUCCGCCAGCGUCAGCAGUGAAAUCAUCGAUCUAUGAACCGAAUCCUGGAGGACCGAUGACAUUCAAACACACAGUUACCAAAUCCUGUUCCCGACCAAGACUUCAAACAACAUUAAGAAAAAACAUGAUCAAUGAACUGCCUGAAAUUCAUUUAAUUUCAGGAGAGGGAAAGUAUUUCAAAGUUUCUCUUGGUGAAGACCUGAAAGUAGAGUUGCCUUUUUUAUUUUCUUGUUAAAGGGUUUAACAACUGUUUGUGGAACACAUACAGCUUUUACUCUGACGGGGAAGCUGGGAGAUAAAGAGAUAAAGCACAGAUACAUCUUUCCAUCUCUUUCCAUCUUUUUCCCUCACACACACACACACACACAUUUACCUGCCUCUCUUUUUCUUGUCCUGUUAUUCUCUCAAACACACACACACACACACACACACACACACACACACACACACACACACAUUUACCUGCCUCUCUUUUUCUUGUCCUGUUAUUCUCUCAAACACACACACACACACACACACACACACACACACACACACAUUUACCUGCCUCUCUUUUUCUUGUCCUGUUAUUCUCUCAAACACACACACACACACACACACACACUUACCUGCCUCUCUUUUUCUUGUCCUGUUAUUCUCUCAAACACACACACACACACACACACACACUUACCUGCCUCUCUUUUUCUUGUCCUGUUAUUCUCUCAAACACACACACACACCUGCAUAACACUGGUAUCACUCUUGAGUACACUGGGACCAUCCUUACGACUCUUUAGCGACCCCCCCCCCCCCCCCCCCCAAUCCCAAUCCCAAUCCCAAUCCUUGUAAAGGGUAAAAAAAAGACGUCUGUAGCCCCCAAUUUCUAUUAUUUCUGUGGGGAAGAAAAAGAAAGAAGGAAAAAAACCAAAAAAAAAACCUGCAUAUCAACCAAACGUCAUAGCUUUUCAUAGAGUUUAUUUGCUGUCGUCCAUAUUCCCAUAAUGCUUUGUGAUGUAAAAGAUGUGCCAUACAUAACCUCGGUUGGUUCCCGUGCUGUCGUCUUACCGGUAUCGCAGUGACACGUGCAACAGAUUGCUGUUUCUAGGCCCCGGUAACGUGCCGGUGCUGUCGUCGUCGUCCGCGCUCCCCCUUCGUAUGUUAACGUGAAGCCGGUCGCAUAAACAGGCGAGCAGUUAAUAAAACGUCCGGAGACGUGAGGACUCUCGACUGCAUUUUCAACGGGGAUUUAAAACGAAGAACAUUAAAUCACAAUCCGUUGCAAUCGAAAUCGAUUCCGACUUGUUUUGACACGUGUCAAAUAUUUUAAGCGCUGCACACGAGACCGGCUUGGCAUGAAACCUCAGAUCUCAUAUAAUAGAACCCUGACUCCAUUAACAGAGCACUUAACUGUAAGCCUGAGCACUAGACUGAAGUAUUUUACUACCCGAGAAGGAAAAAUGUCUUUCAAAUAUAUGAUGUAUAAGCAACAAUGUAAAUAAGGUUAUUUUUGGAUGUUCAUGAAUAAAGAUGUAUUUGAAACAUA